AUGCUCGCUUUGUUUGCCCUUGCAGCCAUCCUGGCCAUCGAAGGCGCCUUCGCCGCUCCAGUUGACGAAGAAUUCAAGUGCCCUCAAUUCCCCUUGGCCGAUAAUCCUAACCCCAAAUGCACCUACUCCGGAGCUCAAGCUGUUGAGAUCACACCGGCACAAAUCCUCACCGUUGCACCCACCUCAGCCACCUGUGAUUGGAUCAUCAGCAAUGAGUGCCGCACCAAUGAACAAGCCGCGUUAUGGAUCAGCAAAUCUUUCACGCAGAUGGGUAUCUUCACAAAAGCCGAACAAGCGGCGUUGAUUGCUCUGAUGGCGUUUGAGAGCGGCGAGUUCAAAUACAACACCAACCAACAGGGCCACGUUGGUCAAGGCACCCGUAACAUGCAGUCUGGCGAGUACAAUCUCAAGUACGCGCAGUCGGUUCCGAUGUUGCGUGAACCACUGCAAGCGAUAGGGACUUGGGAUCUCGGCAAGGUCCUCAAGCUUGUAUUGCCGGAUGAGCUGUCCUUUGGCAGCGCCGCUUGGUUCCUCCAGACGCAGUGUUCGCCUGAUAUUCGGGAGGGCUUGAAGAAGGGCGGUGAGGAGGGUUGGGCCAAUUACAUUAAGGAAUGUGUGGGUACUGAGCCUGAGCCUCGAAAGGCCUACUGGCAGGCUGCUGUCAAGACCCUGGCUUAA